AUGGCGACGACAGCAACCACCCAGCCCGACGCGGCUGCCGUGCCCCCGGCCCCGGCCAGCACCGGCGCCGGCACCGACACGAGCUCCAACUCUGGCGAGAACACCCCGGCCCCGUCGUCGUCGACGGCCGCGACUUCGCAGUCUGGCAACACGCCCGUCAUCCCCGCCGCGACCGUCCCGGCGACGCCCUCGGCCGACGACACCCUCACCUGCCGCUGGGGCACCUGCUCGGACAAGUUCUCGACGGCCGAGCUGCUCUACGAGCACAUCUGCGAGAAGCACGUCGGCCGCAAGUCGACCAACAACCUCAGCCUCCAGUGCUUCUGGGCCACCUGCCGCACUACCACUGUCAAGCGCGACCACAUCACCUCGCACAUCCGCGUCCACGUGCCCCUCAAGCCGCACAAGUGCGACUUCUGCGGCAAGAGCUUCAAGCGGCCCCAGGAUCUCAAGAAGCACGUCAAGACGCACGCCGACGACUCGGUCCUCGUCCGCUCCCCCGACCAGCACGGCACCGGCCUCAACGGCGGCUACCGCAGCCAGCCCAAGGCCCCCUCGAGCUACUACGACCACAAUGGCCAGAUGCGCACAAACGCUGCCGCCUUUGGCCAGGCUCCUCACCACCCGGGCCAUGGCGCCAGCUACUACCAACACCAUGCGCCUCCCCCCGCCUUCGGCGCCGGCCCCAUGUACUACCAGGCCAUGGGCAGCCGUGAGCAGCACCUCAGCUACCAGGCCGCCGCCGACUACGAGACGCGCAAGCGUGCGUACGACGUCCUCAACGAGUUCUUUGGCGAGGCCAAGCGUCGCCAGCUCGAUCCUGCCUCGUACGCCCAGGUUGGCCAGCGCCUCAUGCCCCUGCACGGCGCCUUUGGCCACGGUGGCUCCCUCGCUGCCGAGUACUUGCCUGCUCCGGUCCCCGUCGGUGGUGUUGAGGGCCCCGGCAGCCACGGCCCGUAUCACCAGACCUAUGCUCUGCCUCCCAUGCCCAACAUCCGCACCAAGAACGACCUCAUCCAGAUCGACCAGAUCCUCGAGCAGAUGCAGAGCACCGUCUACGAGAACUCCAACACGGCCGCUGCCGCCGGCAUGCACCAGCCCGGCUCUCACUACAUGCCUCUCGGCAUCCGCCACAGCCAGUCCCCGCCGCACUCGGCCCACCACGGCCACGCGGCUGCCGCCUACGCUGCCGCCCACGCUGCUUCGCCCAUGACCUCUACUCAGUCCAAUGGCACGCCCGCUGUCAGCCCGCCCUCAAGCGCUCUCUCUUACACUUCUGGUCACUCGCCCAGUGCCUCGUCCUCUGGACUCUCCCCCACGAGCCGCCACGGCUCGACUGCCUCCGGCCUCUACCCUACGCUCCCUGCCGUGACCUCUGGGUACCCCGGCCAGUCCGCGACGUCCACUCUGGGCCCAUCGUUUGAUAACGAUCCCCGCCGUCGCUACUCUGGCGGCAUGCUCCAGCGUGCCAGCUCCGGCACUACCCGUCCCAUCAUUGAGCGGGAUGGCUCGUCUACGCCCAAGGCUUCCGAGUCUGCCGUCUCGUCCGUCAGUUCGCCGUCCGUCGACUCGGACAACGGCGGCGAGUCGCGCGACGAGAGGGAGUACGAGGCCUGGCUCGAGAACAUCCGUGUCAUCGAGGCUCUGAGAGAAUACGUCAUUGAUCGCCUCAAGCGCGGUGAGUACGAGGCCGGCAGCCCUGCCUCGCCGGCUCACAGUUCUCACAGCGACUCGAUGGAUGUCGACUCCCCCACUGCCAGGCAAUCAUCGCAACCGGCUUAUCCCACCUUGCCAGUGGCGUAG